GGGGACGUCACCUCCAUGUCGUAUACAGUUGUGGAUCAUCAGCAUUCGCAUAACCUUGCCUUCGAAGUACCUCCACGUCUUUUCCUUAUAAAUUCCAACUUGCCUGGCAAGUUUCGAUUCGAUAUUACAACAGCUAAGAAACGAAUUCCAUUCAAACAGACUUCACUUCACUUUAUAAUUAGCUACUUCUUACUUCUUCUUGUCCAAAAACACUACACUAAGACCAUCACCAUGGCCUAUGCUUUUGCAGAAAAUACAAGGAUGUUCCCUUCAACGUCUUCUUUGCUGUCCUUGUAUGCCUCCUUCUCUACAUCCUUGAUGCUUCUACGAAAUGUCUACCAUGAACUGGUCCCCAAGAAGAUUGAGGCCUUUUUGGUGUCUAAAUUCUUAAGCUUUUUCUAUCACAGAAAGCUGUCCAAGUCUUUUGAUACCUUCAUCAUCGAUGAUUCGUGGGAUGGCCUUGACCGCAACAAGCUCAUAGAUGCUUCCAGAUUUUACUUGUCCUCCAAGAUUGGUCCCAAGAACAAAGUAAUUAGAGUUGGCAAGUUUAGAGGGCAAAAGAAUGUCACAGCUGCCAUGGUAGAAGGUGAGAAGAUUGUUGAUGUGUUUGAAGGGAUAGAGAUCACAUGGCAGUUUGCCAAGCAAGAAAAUGAUGAUCGAGCCAAGAAAGACAGGUUUCUUAACAAGGGUCAUUUUGAGAUAAUAUUUGAAGAUCAAUACAGGGAAAAGAUCUUUCAUGAUUACUUGACUCAUAUUCUAAAUACUUCCAAGGCCUUAACACAAGGAGAGAAAGUUUUGAAGCUCCACACAAGGUCUCGCGGCUGCUGGAAUUCUAUUGAUUUUCGACAUCCAGCCACUUUCGAUGCACUCGCCAUGGAUUACCAGUUGAAGCAAUCUAUUAUAGAUGAUCUUGAGAGGUUCUUGGCCAGGAAGGAAUUCUACAAGAGAAUUGGCAAGGCCUGGAAGCGUGGAUAUCUACUGUAUGGUCCUCCUGGAACUGGGAAAUCAAGCCUAAUUGCAGCCAUGGCUAAUUACUUGAAAUAUGAUGUGUUUGAUUUGGAGCUCGCAAAUAUUCUCUCUGACGCUGAUCUGAGGAAAGCGAUGCUAGAUAUUGAUAGAAAGUCCAUAACAGUGAUCGAGGACAUAGAUUGUAAAGGGGGAGUCCAUAAACGAUCUACAUCAUCAGACGAUUCUGAUGAUGAUUGCAAUCUUGUUAAGCAAUUUUCGCUCUCGGGUCUGCUAAACUGCAUUGAUGGAUUGUGGUCGAGCUGUGGAGAAGAGAGAAUAAUUGUGUUUACGACUAAUCACAAAGAAGUUUUGGACCCAGCGUUGCUUCGUCCUGGGAGGAUGGAUAUGCACAUUCACAUGUCUUAUUGCACAACUCAAGGAUUCAGUGUAUUGGUCUCCAACUACCUUGGGAUUCAAGAACAUCAUCUCUUUGAAGAAAUUGAUGAACUGAUCCAGAGUACAGAGGUUACCCCUGCUUCUCUGGCUGAAGAACUACUGAAGAGUGAUGACGCCGACGUUGCUCUUGGGGAAGUCCUCAAUUUCUUAAAGCAAAAGAAAUUGGAAAAAGAAAAAAAUGAGGUGGCAAAGAAAACUAAAGAAAAAGACAAAAUUGAAAAGGAAAAGAAGAACUCUGCUCAGUGAUUCUCUUUAGUCCUUGUAAUAUUUGCUCCUUUUAUUGGCUAUAUGUAUCCCCUGCCUAACAUUUGAAAGUAGGUCUGAUUUUAAUGUCGGAUACUUUUGAAGUAGAUGUUCUAAUUGACAACUUUCAGUCUGAAUAUUUUUAUUUUUCAUCCA